AUGUCAUUUUUCAUUCUGGUUAUCUUUGAGAAGCAAUGUCUUUUUUCGGACAUCGUUUGCAUUACUGAUAAGAGUUCCGAGGGUGAUCUGUGGGCUAUCGUUCAAUUUCCGAACCCUCGGUUGCUCUCGUGGGUUGCCGGUAAUCCUGGAUCAAGUUACCAUAUCGGACCUUUUAUCCUGAAAGAAAGACCGAGGAUGUUAUCAGGAGCAGAUACUACCCAAAUUUUGGGUGUUAUCUUGAACCUUGAACCAAAUUACAAGAUCAAGUGA